UCUCUGGAGCCUCCAGCUCCCGAUUUGACGUUCCACCGCGCCCGAAUUUACAGUAGAGAGAGAGAGAGAGUGGGCGUUAGGAGAGAGAAAGAGUCCGGUAGGGAGAAGAAUGCAAGGAGGAGGGAAUUCGAAGAUGAUGAGUCCGAGGAAAGGAGAGAAGGAUACUUUCCACGUUAUUCACAAGGUUCCCUCCGGUGACGGUCCUUAUGUUCGAGCUAAGCACGCUCAGCUAAUCGAGAAAGACCCAGAAGCAGCAAUAGUUUUGUUCUGGAAAGCAAUUAAUGCCGGAGAUAGAGUAGACAGUGCUCUCAAGGACAUGGCAGUGGUGAUGAAGCAGCAAGAUAGGGCUGAAGAAGCUAUAGAAGCUAUUAAAUCCUUCAGAGAUCGUUGUUCCAAGCAAGCCCAAGAAUCACUCGACAACGUUCUCAUUGACUUAUACAAGAAGUGCGGGAAAGUAGACGAGCAGAUUGAGCUGCUGAAGCGGAAGCUUCGGAUGAUUUACCUUGGAGAGGCCUUCAAUGGCAAGCCCACCAAGACUGCCCGUUCCCAUGGCAAGAAAUUUCAGGUGUCCAUCAAGCAAGAGACAUCCAGAAUACUGGGUAAUCUCGGUUGGGCCUACAUGCAGAAAACAAACUACAUUGCAGCUGAGGUGGUAUAUAGAAAAGCCCAGCUGAUAGACCCUGAUGCCAACAAAGCCUGCAAUUUGGGCCUCUGCCUAAUCAAGCAGGCUCGAUAUGAUGAGGCCAGGUCUAUUCUAGAAGAUGUUCUUCAAGGUAGACUACCAGGAUCAGACGAGAUUAAGUCAAGAAACCGUGCAGAGGAACUGCUGCAGGAACUAGAAGCACAACAGUCAGCCUUUUUGUUAUCAACACCUUUGGGUCGCCGGGUGGAGGAGCUGCUGCAAGAUCUGGAGUCAUCGCAGCCAGCAGUCUCAUUAUUUUCAACUCCUUCAGAUUUCAAUAUAGAAGAUGACUUCCUGGAAGGGCUAGACAAGAUGAUGAACGAGUGGGCUCCAUCUAGAUCAAGGAGGCUGCCCAUCUUUGAAGAGAUCUCUUCAUAUAGGAAUCAGUUAGCUUGUUGAGUUAAUUCUUGUUUAAUUUAUUUCUCUUUCUUUUGAUUCUGUGUGUAUGUUCGGUGGGGGGGGGGGGGAGAGGAAUGGAUAGAUCAUUUUAGGUAGGGGUACCUGUGUAAAUAUCAGGCAUGUUGAGAUACAUAACUGUUUAUACAAUGUAUAAUCAAACAUGCAGGGUACCCCCUUGUUCUUGUCGUAAGACUCCUGAACAAAUAAAGGUAAGAUGGUUAUGGGUUUGGAUUGACCUCACCCAUCAAAAGCUCUAAACUUUGAUUUUUCUUGGACAGUUUGUGUAUUUUUUUUGUUUAAUUCUACCUCUAUGCAGUGUGCAGGAUUCAAUAGA